AUGACCUACCCGCAGCUCAGAGGCGCCUAUGCGCAUGUCUCGUGGCCCACGCCAGCUAAGCCAUACACACUAGACCUCCCAGCAGCUACAACGUGGCGCCAGAAGAGGCCGCCUCACGUGUGGGUCGAACGCGCGACCGUCCUUGUCGUUGCGGUAAUAUACAAGCUCGCAGCGGUGGUUCAAGACCAGUUGCAGAAACAGCCAACAGUAGUGUGGUGUAGAGGCGCAAACGGGGCCACUUCAUUAAUGCUUGCAGCAGUGAGCGGGUGCCUCAAUGUUGUCCAGCUCCUAGUGUCAAACAUUCUCACCGAAGUCAAUUUUCAAGAUACCAGAGGGAGAAUAGCACUUCGGUACGCCAUUACUCAAAAGAAGUACCCAAUUGUUCGGCAAAUCUUCAAUUCGACAGGCGAUUUAGACAUUGGUAUUGGAGCUUCAUUCGCUCACCUUUGUGAAAAGUAUCACACUAGGGAACCAAAGGAGGCGAGGAUCUUCUCCGGCUCUUUUUGGCUCGAGCAGAUUUGGAGGUUAACGGCAACGGUGGCUAUAUUGAUGGUGACCCACCUUGGUUCAUCCUUGCUAAACAUUAGUACCUUGAUAUCCUCCAAGAUCUCGUCGACCAAGCCGUCAUGGAGAUUACGACAACUACCACAAAAACACCGACUCGACAUAUCCUUUGGUACCAUACAAGAUAUGUGCGGCAUCCCAGCCAUUAUUCAACUCUUGGCCAACGACCCUCAUUUCAACUUUAAGGAAUUCUAUGCUCUGGAAUUACUUUGGCCGUUUAUGGGCAUGUGGGACGAUGAGCAGCAACCCUGGAAAUACAUGUUACGGGAUUUACUGGAGUCUCGUCAUAUUUCGUUCGAGACCAGGGAUUCAAAAAGGAGGGGUUUGUUACACCACCUUUCCAACGUUGGCGAAGAUGAAUACAAGCAAGGCCAUUUAGAAUUCCUCCUACAACGAUUGGCCGCCGACCUCACGGAUGAGCAAGAACGGACACCGCUUCACGUAGCAGCACAAAAUGGCUAUGGGGAUCUGUUGAUGAAGAUGCCAUGUCACUACUGCAUUACGCCACGGAAAGCAGCAGCAUUGAUCUGCUAG